AUGCGAGUGGCUUCGAUGGUGUGGGUGCAGCAGAGGUUAUUCCAAGGUGUAGAGCAGCGAGGAGAUACUAGGGACAGGGAGCCAGAAUGGUGGUCUCUGGGGCAUCACAAUGGCACUGGAGGCUUCUGUGGGUGUACAUGGACCCGGGUUAGGCCACUGCAGCAUCCUGACAGACACCCAGGUUGUGACACUAGCCAUUCGCAACCUGGGCCGCUCGGCGGCUCAUACACUCUCAAGGAGAUCUCGAGCUCACUCCGCGACGAAGGAGCACAAUUACAGUCCGCUGGGUCCCAGGACACGCAGGCGUCCAAGGGCGGCGGGAUCACGGACAUGACGGCCAAGGAGGCUGAGAUGCCAAACGUUGGACCAGAGCAAAUCCUGGCGACGGAACUGAAACAGAAGGAGAGGCAAGAGGCCCAGCUAGCAUGGGAGCGGCAGCGGCAGCGGGAUCACCGCCACGCGCCGCCUGGCUCUCGCGGAAGGCGAACCUCCAUAUAUGGAGGAACAUGCCUGAGAGUCGCGCCUUAG